CGAGCAUCGUCGCUGUCCGGCUGGGCGGCUCCUCCCCUGAGCAGUAGCGGCCUCGACGGGGCGGCCACCCCGCUGCCCCCAGGAUGCCCAGCAGGACGGUCCGCUAUGAGGGCUACAGCCCUCGGCAGCGGCGCCGGCGGAUGCUGGCCCAGCGCAGCGUGCGCUUCCCCAACGACGUCCUGUUCCUGGACCACGUCCGCCAGGGCGACCUGGAGCAGGUGGGGCGCUUCAUCCGGGCCCGGAAGGUGGCCCUGGACACCCUGUACCCCUCAGGCCUGGCCGCCCUGCACGAAGCAGUCCUGUCCGGGAACCUGGAGUGUGUGAAGCUGCUGGUCAAAUACGGGGCAGACAUCCACCAGCGCGACGAGACGGGCUGGACGCCCCUGCACAUCGCCUGCAGCGACGGGUACCCCGACAUCGCCAGGUACCUCCUCUCCCGGGGAGCGGACAGGGGGGCGGCCAACGACGACGGCGACCUGCCCGCCGACCUCAUCGAUCCCGACGCCAAGGACUUGCUGGAGCUCUUCCAGGGCCCCGGGCUGGGCUGAGCCGGCCGCCCCGCGCGCCCAUCCGCGCGCACCACCGACGCGCACCAUCGACGCGCCCCAUCCACGCGCGCACCUCCC